AACUGGAGCUGUUGCCAUACCUGCAGUCGGUAUCGCGCAUGUAACCUCCCACGACCCACAGAUUGCAAAUUACCUGGCUUUCGUGUUUUCCUCACAACCACGUCCUGUGCUUGGGUCCCCUCGUGGAGGGCCCUGGCCGAGACCUGCACCCUGACCGCUCCCGCAUCCCCUGUCCCGCUGCCCCAGGACUACAUUGCCGUGAAGGAGAAGUACGCCAAGUACUUGCCCCACAGCGCAGGCCGCUAUGCCGCCAAGCGCUUCCGCAAGGCGCAGUGCCCCAUCGUGGAGCGCCUCACCAACUCCAUGAUGAUGCAUGGCCGCAACAAUGGGAAGAAGCUCAUGACUGUCCGCAUCGUCAAGCAUGCCUUCGAGAUCAUCCACUUGCUCACGGGCGAGAACCCCCUGCAGGUCCUGGUGAAUGCCAUCAUCAACAGCGGCCCCCGGGAAGACUCCACCCGCAUUGGGCGAGCCGGGACUGUGAGGCGGCAGGCCGUGGAUGUGUCCCCCCUGCGCCGUGUGAAUCAGGCCAUCUGGCUGCUGUGCACAGGGGCCCGGGAGGCCGCCUUCCGGAACAUCAAGACCAUUGCCGAGUGCCUGGCUGACGAGCUCAUCAACGCUGCCAAGGGCUCUUCCAACUCCUACGCCAUCAAGAAGAAGGACGAGCUGGAGCGUGUGGCCAAGUCUAACCGUUGAUCACCAGACUGCAGCCCCAAUAAACCUGCCUGUCUGCCCUCGGGGCAGCUGCACCCA